GAGUACAAUAAAAAAUACGUCACGCAGAGUUGUAAUUCCCAAGUGUUAUUUCCAAUUUAAAAACAUUAAAACAUUGUUUAAGUAUAUCUAUAAUUUUUAUAAUUUAUUCUUUAGGACGUUAAACUUUGGGAUUUCUUUUUUAAAUAUCUUCUGAAUUUAAAAAAAAUUAAUUAAAGCUGGCAUUCGAAAGGAGGCAAGAUGUCGUCUCUUGGUAAACAAAAGUCCUCAAAUCUUGAAAAAUCUCUUGGAAAAGGAAAGCCAGAAGUAAAAUUAUUGAAGUUAUUGUGGUAUUAUUGUUUUGAAACGCCAUAAAAUAUUUUUUAUGUGAUUAAGUGUUACAUUUAUGCUCGCAGUUCUUUAGCAUGGAUCAGUCAUAACAUGAUAACUAGUAGUAGUGUACAGUGUAGUGUUACUAUUACUAUUAAUAUUAAUGUUAGAAUUAGGUACCGUACUAUUACUACUAAUACUAGGCUAGGGUAGGACUAGGCUAGUGACUAACUAGUAACUAGAGUUAACAACACUAUAUCAAGUAUCAAUCAGUGACUAUCACUCAAUCAAUAAAACUAAAGGCUUAGCCCCUAGUACAUUCUAAAACAUAAUUUAUCAAAUAUUUUGAUGUAAAUAAAUAGUGGUAAUAAUUAAAUAUUUCCCAAGUCCCAAGUAUUGGCAUCUUCCACCAUUAAAAGGGGGCAUGGCUCACACUCACACCAUGUCAAAAUUAGGCUGAGUAAUGCAGGUUACUGAGAUCACCGGUGUCACAAAACGGUUUUUGCGGAGGAGGGCUCCGGUCCUGACUUGUCACAAACUUUAUUGACUAGUAGUGGUCAGUAAAGGGCCGCUCCUCUCUGUGAUUUAUAUUGUGGGUAUCUAGGCGUUGAGACAGACGAAAGUACAACGUAGACUUGAAAGAAAUCCAAAAACACAAACUCCAGGUGUCCAAUGAUAAAAUAGACUAUAUUUAUUACUCAAAUAAAAAGUUCUUCUAUCGUAUUCAAUAACUGUCAGCUAUCUACGACUGUUUCUAAACUGUUAAACUAUAUUGUCUCCUAUGUUCCACUAGUCAACUCGUCUCCUGAUCUCUUGCGACUAUUCCCUAAAAACUGCCUAACUCUAUCGUAGCUCUUUUCCCUCUUCCUCAACUGCUAUACCUCUCAACUCCCAUGUCUCGAAAAACUUCUGCCUUAAAUUUACUCCACUAGCUUACCAUCCCACGGUCAUUGAAUUGCCACAUCAUUAAAGGCAACAUUCCCUGAACAGAUCCUUUUACCCCCAAACGUCUAUUCCAUGAUCUUACCCAGCUAUUAGCAUCUAUCACGUUGAGACUCUUACUAUUACUGAUAAUUAAUCUAACUCUACCCAUGGUCUUUGUGAACAUUCCAUUUCCACCUGCAAACUAAAAACAUGUUAAUCGAAAAAAUUUGUGAUACCCGUUCCCACACUGUCCCCCUGGAUUCUCGAUUUCCCCAAACUAUCAUGUCUUUCCUGUACUACCAUAAACUCUGCCGAUGUGAGGCCAACAAUUCCCUCAUCUAUUGUACUUUUGUGCGGCGCUCAUGCCCAUCGUUCCCGUCUCCAGCAUGGUCAUUUGUGACAAUCGGACACGCCCUACAUCAAUGAAAAUUGGCUCACGUUUACAUCAAUAUAUAAUGCUUUUUCAAGGUUUAAUAUAAAAGACCUAUUAUUUGAAUUUCUUAAAAAAAAUUUGAGGGAAUGAUGCCUUAAAUAAUUAUAAAUACCUAUGAAUUUCUAAAACUAAGGUCGAUCAAAAAAGGCAAAAGACACAAGAGUAUGUUGGAAUGUAGCCAAAGAUAUCCCUUAAUGUGAACAUGUUGAAGGAUACCACAAUUUUAUGACAAAAUUGUUCUUUUAUUAAUCGAGAAUGACCAACGUCCAAAAAUUAUAUUCAAUAGAAAUAAUUAAUCGUCCUAAAAUAACGUGGAGGUGCAGUCUAUAGUAAAAAAUAUCAAACGAAUUCGCACUUUCAAAAAAUUCAUAGUAUAGCUCAACAAAGUACAAAAGCUAGAAAGUUGAUAAUGGUUUCUUUUUUUUAAUUUGAAAUUUUCUAUAAAAUAUAGUAAUGUAAAUAGCGGUAGUAAUUAAAUAUAUCCUUAGUAUCUGCACCUUCCACCAUUAAAAAGGAGAGGUGGUCACAUCCCAGCAAAGUUGGCUAAGGGACCCACAACAUACUGCUCACUUGUAGAAAAAUGGCAUCUCUCAUAAUACACAAAGCGCUAUGAAAAUCGACACAAAUGUAGAUCAACAUGUACCCGAGUGAUGUAAAAAUUAUAAUGAUAUAUAUUUAAUUUUGACUUAAAUUUCAUUGAUGAAAGGUGCAAAAUAUUUGCCAAGAAAUUUCUAAAAGUUGACUGAUUGUAAAUGAAAUAGAAAUAAAUUGAAAUGUUUGCCUAGAUGUCCUCCAAAGUGAAAGGAUGGAAAUGUAAGCCUAGAUGUCCUUUUUGUUGGACAAAAUAAUUUUUUAUGAAUGAAAAAGCACUAAUGUUGUACGUUUUUCCUGCUCAAACAACCAUUUCCUAUGCAAGUUUUAUUUUAGUAAUCUCCCUUGCUUUACUGAAGGCCAUUAUUUGCUUUACUGAAGGGCCUUAUUAUAGCCUAAAAUUCUGUUUAUGAUAUUGAUUGAUUAAUCAGUUUAUUGAUUGGCCUACAUUUUCAACCAAAAAAAAAAUGUUAUCAAUGUCCAGUGGUUUUUAACUUUGGGUCCGUGUGGGAAAAUACAACAAAUUUAUAUUGGAAAUGAGCCCUAACUCAGAAAAUGUAAAUUUUAAUUUAAAAAAUCAAGAAGUAUCACAUUACAAUUUUCUACAGUUUAUUCCCUACUAUUUGAUUACAGGUAAAUAUUGCAACAUUUGCACUUCUGUUUUCUGAAAUUGUUCAGUAUUGUCAAAAUCGAGUACUUACAGUGCCGGAGUUACAAACUAAGUGAGUUGGUAUUCUUUAAAAAAAAUUUAAAAUUACGAUUUUUAACAAUUCAUACUUUUUCAUGUAAGUAUUACUACAGUAAAUCCCUCCAUGAUUAAUAUGUUAUGAAAAGAAAAUUUAAAUGUGUUGAAAAGAUAAAUUAAAUUAGCAAAAUAAUUGACAGUCAUCAUUGAAUUUUUAUUGAGAUAAUAUAAGCUCAAAACAGUUUGACCCAGUUACAAUGAACUUAAGAAUAUCCAUACCAUCCAUCUCUCUAAAAAUUGAAACAUAAAAAUUAUAGUUCAAUAAUGGGAUGUUGUUGGAAUAAGAGGAGAAAAAGAGAAUUAAACUUUCAGUGCUUUUUACUAAUAGUUAAUAGUCAUAGUUAAUAGCCUUAGUAAUAUAGUAAUUGUAAUAGUCCUAAAUUUUGUAUUUAACAUUAAAUUUUACUUAUAUUAAAUUUGGUGUUUAAAAAUUAUUUAAGUUUAUGGGCAAUGGGAUACUUUCAAUACAGUUUACCUCCCUUCUAUUGUUUGCUACCUAUGACAGUGUAUAUCCUUGUAUAUAACUUGCUGAACCAUGAUUUUAUUCCAAAAGGUUGUCAGAACUUGGGCAGCAUGUUGGAUCACACAUGCUUGAUGUGCUUUUUCUCAGAGAAAAGGGCUACAAAAGAGAAAUCAAGCUGCUGAGCAUGCUUAUUUUUAUCAAGUCCACGUUUUGGAAGGUAAGGGAUUAAAAGAAAUCAGGACCUAAUGUUAAGUUCAUAACAUUUAACAUGCUAGAGACAAGGCAGUUGACAGAUAUUCUGUUAUAAAGACGAAUGAGUUUUAUGUCACCGUGCUUCACAUAAAAUUAGCAAUUACAGAAAUUUAUAUAUUUAAAAACAACAAUUGGUGAAAAGUUUGAACUCACCCACCCAAGUGCUAUCUACUCCUGUCUAGCCAUGGACAGAACCCAGCAGCAUCAAGCGUUAUUAGUUAGAGGUGGGUGAGAAUGAGUCGGUAUAGUACAGUUUGAAGAGAUGGGUCUUGAGGGCAGUUUUGUGGCCCAUACAUUGCCGAUGUGUAAUGGGAGAGGAUGCCAUUUUUUGGGGCACAGGAAGAGAAAGAUCGCUCACCAUAUGUUUUAGUGUAUUUUGUGGGAACAGAAUGAAUAUGCGUGUCUGCAGAGGAACGAAGCUUUCGAUGGGGUGAAUAGAUAGAAUGAAGUUCAGUAAGGCAGGAACCAGAGGAAAGAAGUGACAGAGAACAGACAGCUUGUAAUCAUUAAUAAUACACUCUACAUUUGUCAAACAAUUGUAUUAUUUGAUUUUUAUUUAAAUUUCACUAUUGACAGCUUGUUUUUGGCAAGGAAGCUGACAAGUUAGAGCAAGCCAAUGAUGAUGACAGAACUUGUAUCCCUUUGUUGUGUUCCAUGUUAUUUAAAAUAUAAAAGUAUAUAAUUAAUGCCUGAAAAGAAUAGGCGAUUUAGAUGUAACGGAGUUUAUAUAUCUUUUGUCUUUAAAAGAAUUACAUUAGAUUUAAUAUGGGAAUUAAUGUAGACAUUUUAAAUUAACACAUUUCCUAUCAACAUAAUGUUUUUUAAUUUGAAGAACAAUUCAAUAUCCACACUAAGAUCUUAAUUUUUAAAAGUAAUUUCUUAAUUGUUCUCAAUUGAUCAAACCACCAGUUUAUCAGAAUAGAAUCUGGAUAUUUUUCCAGACAUAAUGGAGAUGAAGAAUUCAUAGAAUUUUCUGGUCAGAAGAGCUGAGCUUGCCAAUCAAAGAGUGAGAAUCAUUGCAGAAAUGGUAUAGGUCUGUUACUGGAGAUGGUUUGGUCAUGUAUGCAAAAUGUCAGAAAACUGACAUCUCAGGACAGCAUGGCGAAGUGCGGCCAAAGGAACAAACAAAAUAAAACUGGAGAGCCCUAAGAAACCAGCUCAGAUCAACAGAGAAGAAUCUGUGGAAUAGAAGCCCUUCUGAUGGCUUUGACAGUAUUUGACUUAUAGACAGAAGUGGAUUUUUUGGGCUCUUGCUUCAAGUACCAGUUGUCACACCCAGAGUGAAUGAAGAUUUAAAAAACCUGGAAUAAGACUCCUUGCUAUUCAUAAUAUUUUAUUUGAAAUUAAAUUGAAAAAACAGUUACUAAUAUAUAUCUCUUACAUCAGCGUCACUUUAUAAAAAUAUAACCAGAAUUAACGGUCAACAAAAUCAUGUUUAAGGAUGACUGAUUUGAAAAACUGAAAUUAUUUUUGUUCUUAGAAACGCCUAAGUGCAUUUUGUACUUAUCCAUUAUUCAUAUUAUUAUUAGUCCUGGUUGUGGAGAAAUAUUUGUUAUCAACAUCAUCCUUGACACAUGAUCAGAUUACAUCAUUGAAAAGGAGCCUUUGGUGAAUAAAUUCAUUUCUGUUCCUAAAGACAAAGGUGAGCACUGUGUGUCCUGGACUAAAAUAGAAAGGGUUUAAUAAGAGCAGCCAAUCAACUUCAAGUCGUUUACAAAACCAUUUCAUACUGUAUUGGGUUUAAUUCUUGGUAUCAGGUACCAGAUUGUAACUAGUUUCUGUUGUUGCAGGUAACCUCAACUGUGCAGCGUUCACCGCUGGUAUUUUGGAAGCUGUCCUGAAUGGAGCUAAUUUUGUAAGUAUCAUUUUAGCCUUUCAAAUAGUACUAUUAAAUAAGAAUAAAUAUUAGCACUAAACAGGGACUCAAUUAAUUUUUAUUUGUCAAGUCGUCCACACUUGUGUCGAUUGCUUUAUUACACACACAAAAAGUGAGGAAUGAACAGACUUUCAGAUCAUAAGUAAACAAGAGUAUAAAUAUGUUGUUGUUUUACUGCAGAGCAGGCAAUGGAAAAUAGGAUUAUUACUUAAUAGAAAUACUUUUAUAGAAAUGUAGGCGUUAAUGAUUCAGUAUUGCUACUAAUAAACGUUGGCUAAUAAUGUGCCGUGUAGCCCCGAUGCAAGUGAUGGCUUGCCAAUACUUUUCAUUCACUCCCACAAACGAUGGUCUCUCUCUUCGCUAAGAAGCAACAAGGUCGAAUGAACACUACACAGUACUUUAUUAUACAUACUAAAUAUAUUACGUGAUACUUUGACAUUGGAAUAAUGUUAUAACAAUGAUAGUGCAAUAUGAAGAAUAUACUUAGACACACAUUUAAUACUUAAGUUAACUGAUUAGCUACCAGAUUGAAAAACCGGCUGUGGCUGAAUUAAAUCUAGGUCAUGUUGACUACAAUACAAACGUUGGCGCUACCAGUCCAGUGGCUCGUGGCCAUAACAAAAGAAUCCCCCCGCCGCUCCCAGUUAAUUAUUAAUUAUGUAAAUCCAUCAGAAAAAUUCAAUAUGUCAUCCUCCUAUAUCAACGUUAUCUCGUUCACUCCCACUGUACUAAAAAAAUGUGAAUUCUCCCUACACUAUAAAAAGGGUAAUAAGGGGAGAGACUGCAAUCAGUUUAGCACAAUGAAGAAUGAAUAAAACAGAGUAGGGUUAAACCUGAAAAAAGAAACGCAACAAAACAACGACCGUGUCGGUAGAAAGCCUUCGUCAGCGAACAAAACAACAGAAAAAAACGGUAUAAAAAUAAGAAAUAUCACUUAGCUUAAAUGUAGUAUCCAUGGGCAGCUAGCUAAGUGAUAUUUCUUAUUUUUAUACCGUUUUUUUCUGUUUUAUUCAUUCUACAUUACGGUAUAAAAACUAGUUCUUUGUUUCUUGUGUUUUACUUCUUUAUUAUAAAAUCACUACACCAUUGUGCCAUGAGAACAAAUAUUAGUGCCGUGCGAAAAAUCUGUGACAUAUGCAUAAGUAACAUGGUCUGUUACACCUAAUGUCAUCUCUCUUGUACAUCAAUCAAUAUUUCUCCAUGGCCACUGAGCAGGAAAUUAGUUAGCCAAACUAAAAAAUGUAUAGCCUUAAUUAUUUGAGUGUUUUGUACUGUUGGUUCUUAUAAUGCACAUUGUUCUACAAGAAACACACAUAUGCCGCCCAUUAGACAUUUUGUUCUUUGCAGUGUGCGAUUAUUUUCAAAGUUGACUCGUUUAAGAAAUGACACAUACUGUUGUUAUCUUAUAUGUAAUUUGUGUACAAUACCUUUCAGCUAUCUUGUUGUUUUCCUAACACCGUUUUCCUGUUAUCUCCCAGCCCGCCAAAGUGACAGUUCACUGGCACAAAGGGACAACAUUUAUGAUCAAGUUUGACGAGUCUGUCAUUGCAAGGGAUAAAACUGUGGAUGGCCGAUGAUAUAGAUUCUAGAAGAUGCUACGUCUGAUUUAGGAUGUUUGCUAGAUGAUUGCUAGAAUUGAUGGUAUGACUGUUAAAACGUGGGUUAAUACAGGUACAUUUAAUUCUGUCAGAAAAGAAAAAUAACGUGUCAGUCAUUUCAAAGUGUUUUACUGUAAUAUAUUUGCUAAUGGAUAUGACUCAUUAAAUAAGUAAAAAAGAAAAAAAAAUGUAAAAAAGAGUUAUUAUUCAUGUGCAGUGAAUAAGUCAUAAGAAGAUCUGCAUGAAUAAGUCAUAGCCGUUGUUUGGAAAACGUCAAAUGUUUUACAAGAUGUGCAAUGUUCUGUUUGCUAUGGAAGCAAAAGUUUUCAUUUAAUUUUCUCUAAAGCCUGUUUUUAAUUUUCAAUGAUUCAUUCCUUUAAUUAUGAGGUAAUUUUUGAAAUAUUCAAAUUAUGAUUUAUUUAUUUUGGGGUGGGUGGGGGUGGUGAUGUUUAUCUGUGUCAAAUGGCAAUGGUGACAUAGGACAAGUUAAAGUGAUGGACAUUGUGACGCAUUGGUCAUGAGCUUAUGAUUUUCUAUAUCUUCAAUCAUUAUUGUGUAUUUAUUGCUGUGUCUCAUAAUAUGAGCAAGUGUCUGCCUCUUGUGUCACUGGCUAAUUGUAGACUUUGUUUAUGGUGUUAUUUGUUUAUUAAAUUUCAUUUAUUAACUUA